AGGCAGAGGAAGCGUUUUCCUUUAAGAAAUAAGCGCUUUACAGUGCGCGCUGUCAGUGCUGAGGUGUUCUUAUUGUUAUCACGCUUACAAAUCUGUUGACAUUCAAACCAUUCGAGUCAUGACAAAUAGUUGUGAUGAUUUAAUGAACAAAUAUUUGGAGCUUUUAUAAAGCGCCAGCAGGGCGUCUCUGGUAGUCCACUGCCGAUGACUUCACUGUGCGCUAAUACGCAUGGAAUCUGUGUGAUUGUUCACCCAUCCUGUGCACAGGGGGAAAAAUCACCAUAGUUAUUUGGUGAUAUCGCGGGGACGUGUACAUUUAACGAGGUAUUGACGUUACAAGCUGUUGGACUCGUGCGUAAUUACGCGCGGCGAGUGGUGGAAAAAGUAUUCAGACCCUUUACUGAGGAUUUAAAAAAAACAAACAAACACAAGAAGAGCCUUCCUCACCUCACCAUGGAACCAUCUGCCAGUCAGAGGAAGACGCAGCACCAGAUUACAGGACCUGGACAGAGCAGAGUAGAGGAUUUCCAGUGCUGGCCGGUGAAGAUGAUCCUGUGGGCUGCCUUGGUGAUGUCUCACUGUUGUUGGGGUCUGAAUGGAGCUGCAGCAGAAAACACAGGACUGGAGAGGAUAGAAAAAUGUGGCACCAGGUGUUCUCAGGGCCUUCACUGCAAGACCAAACCUGACAAUUUGUUUCCUCCUCCAUGUCAGGACUCCACUGAAGGUUUCACCACAUCCUCCGUUUUCCACAACAUCAGCCUCUCCACGGUCAUGCACUGUGUGGGGAAGCAGAAGUGCUCGCUACACCUCCGAAUAAAAACUACAUUACAACUCACUGAGUCCAUCCAUGGUUUGUCUGUUUGCACCGUUACUGCAGGGAUGAUGAUGAACUGCCGAAUCGUCAGCUUCUCGAGAUCUUCGAGAGAAAGGAUGUCUGGGCUGCAGGUGGAAGUUGAGAAUGAUUGUACUGACGUUUCUCCGAACCAGCAAAUACAAGUUAUGGUGAAGACUGUGCCGAGCUACUGUGGCGUAAUCUGGGCUGGCACCUACGACGCUCCACAAUGCAUCAGUGAAGAUCUUAGAAGAAAUGUCCCUGAAUGCAUCACUGGUAGGCUAUCAUACGACGUAAACCUGGAGAGAAAAGAGCUGAACGUCAGUGUAUCAGACAUGCUCGAAGGUCACAACUACCAUCUCCGUCUGUGCUACAAGGAUUUCAUCUGCUUUGGCGCAGGGGCGAGUGCACUGAUAAAGAAGGAGGAACCUGUAAAGAGUGUCACCCUCCAAUACUCCCGACCUUUGCCCUGCCUCUGCAUUGAGGGGUGGUCAGCUGUGAUGGAUGCUCCCAGAGUCCAGGUCUGCCCAUUCAAAGACCGUGUCGAGGAGCUUUGGUCUGGAGUAGCUUUUGACCCACUGGAGGGGACGCUAUCAUGGGAAUCACUCUGUCCGGUUACUGCCGUUGUCACGUUGUGCCAGAAAAGCAAGGCCGGCGUCUGCAUGGAUCUGCCCCACGCCUCCCAGAACAUCACCAGAGGAAAGAUAACAUUUACUGGAGUGGAUCCACACCCUCAUCUGUGCAUAAAGUUUACUGUAGGCCCUGACUCCUGGACCAGGUGCCCCUUUGCUGAUGGGAGAUUCCAAGCAUGGAGGGUGGUUCCACAGAGUCACGAAGGAGUGAAGAUGUUGUCACAGAUCACUGCAGUGUUUUCCGUGGGGGUGUGUGUGAAGUCCUCUGGGCUCGCUGAGUGCCAGAUCACCAGAUCAGACACUGUGCAUGUGGAGAAGAAUAAAGCUGUUGACAUAAACCUGGCAGAGGAACUGUGCAACUCUUGCAUCCAGGUCAAGAGGCUCGAUGUGAAGUUUGCCACCACAGUCCUUCACUGUUUUGAUCAGUGCAAUCAGUCGUCACCUCUCAGACCCGUCAUCUCCAGCCAGACCUCUUUGGAUUUGACCUGGGUCGUUGUACCGGCUGGUGUUUGCCUCUCUGCCAUAAUAAUUAUCAUUCUGGUGCUUCAUGUGCUGUUAACUGUGUAUCAGAGGAGGAAACAGAAAAGAAAUGGAGAUGAAAAGCAAAUAGAUCCUGCUCUCGACUGCGUGGUCCCUGCAUUACAAACUCAUCCCCAUAGAGGGAUCCUCGUACCCGACUCGCCGCAGUGUGGGAAACACAGAGAAAGCCAACCUGAUCUCUGAAUGACCAAAGGACGGUUCUCUGGGUUCUCUGGGCCCUGAAACAACACCUGCGACUCAUGUGGUUUAAACUGUAAAGACGUCAUGCAAGUUCUCUGUUGAAUGCAUUGUGUACAAUGUUGGGACAGAUAUUUCAACUGUUAUGUAAGUUACUGAGUAUGUGUUGGAUAGUAUGCUUGUUAUAGUCUGUUUUAUUGGUUUGGGUGAAAGUUACUUUUUAUAUUGACUUUGUUUUUUGUUUUUUAAGUAAGUUAAAAUACUCGCUUUGCUUCCAGCUAAACUUGUUCCAUCCCAAUAUAAAUCUCUAUUUUCAAUAAAAAAAAAUACAAACAAAA